UCCCUCUGUCCACAGGAGGAAGCUCACUAUGGCUCCAGUCCCCUGGCCAUGCUGACAGCGGCGUGCAGCAAAUUUGGUGGCACCAGCCCUCUGCGGGACUCAACGACACUGGGCAAAGCAGGCGCAAAGAAGCCAUACUCUGUGGGCAGUGACCUUUCAGCCCCCAAAACCAUGGGGGAUGCCUACCCAGCCCCCUUUUCAAGCACCAAUGGGCUCCUCUCACCUGCAGGCAGUCCUCCGGCACCCACCUCGGGCUAUGCCAAUGACUACCCUCCCUUUUCCCACUCAUUCCCUGGGCCCACGGGCACCCAGGACCCUGGGCUGCUAGUUCCCAAGGGCCACAGCUCUUCUGACUGCCUGCCCAGUGUCUACACCUCUCUGGACAUGGCACACCCCUAUGGCUCCUGGUACAAGGCAGGCAUCCAUGCAGGCAUCUCACCGGGCCCAGGCAACGCUCCUACUCCUUGGUGGGACAUGCAUCCUGGGGGCAAUUGGCUAGGUGGUGGGCAGGGUCAGGGUGAUGGGCUGCAAGGGACACUGCCCACAGGCCCUGCUCAGCCCCCACUGAACCCCCAGCUGCCCACCUACCCAUCCGACUUUGCCCCCCUUAAUCCAGCUCCCUACCCAGCUCCCCACCUCCUGCAACCAGGGCCCCAGCACGUCUUGCCCCAAGAUGUCUAUAAACCCAAAGCAGUGAGCAACAGCGGGCAGCUGGAGGGGAGCAGUGGGGCCAAACCCCCUCGGGGCGCAGGCACAGGGGGCAGUGGCGGAUACGGAGGCAGCGGAACAGGGCGCUCCUCCUGCGACUGCCCCAACUGCCAGGAGCUAGAGCGCCUGGGGGCAGCGGCAGCUGGGCUGAGGAAGAAGCCCAUCCACAGCUGCCACAUCCCCGGUUGUGGCAAGGUGUACGGCAAGGCCUCACACCUGAAGGCCCACUUGCGCUGGCACACGGGCGAGAGGCCCUUCGUCUGCAACUGGCUCUUCUGCGGCAAGAGGUUCACCCGUUCGGACGAGCUGGAGCGCCACGUGCGCACCCACACCCGGGAGAAGAAGUUCACCUGCCUGCUCUGCUCCAAGCGCUUUACCCGAAGCGACCACCUGAGCAAGCACCAGCGUACCCACGGCGAGCCCGGCCCAGGGCCCCCUCCCAGCGGCCCCAAGGAACUGGGGGAGGGCCGCAGUGCCGGGGAAGAGGAGGCCAGUCAGACGCCCCGACCUUCGGCUUCGCCGGCCCCCCCAGAGAAAGCCCCUGAAGGCAGCCCAGAGCAGAGCAACCUGCUGGAGAUCUGAGCUGGGUGGAGGGUCUCCAGCCCCAGGGCUGCCUCGCCAGCCUCUUCUGGCUUCGUGGACCACUGCUUGUCCCUCACCCCCUUUUGCCCCUUGCAUGCUGCCCUUGGGGCUC